AUUGCACUUUGUCACAUGUUGCUUUUAUCAAUACAGCAACUUUUCCAGCUCAGCCAAGUGUAAAAACUCUUUUACAAUAUUUUGAGGUUUCUUCGAAUUUUCAGCGUUUCCACUCAGGUUUCAUUAUGUGUAAACUGAAAAAGCAAACACACCUAAUGUCCAUCUUGUCGCCUUGAUGGAGUGUACAUAACAAUUAUGCCCCCUGACCGCACACACAUAAUCAAUAUAAAAACAGUCCAUGGACCAAAAAAAGUUGGGAACCCCUGGUUUACACAAUCACACUCUGGGGACUCUCCUUUCUUUUGGGGACAAAACUCAAGUCCUCAUAAUGUAAAUCAUUCAAUUUUAGGGUGCAGACUGGGUUUAAGGGUAAGGUAAGGUUAUGGUAAGUCUCCAGGAAAUGAAUGUAAGUCAAUGUAAUGUCCUCUAAGUAAUGGAAACUGUAUGUGACUGUGUGUGUUGGUGUGUGUGACCCGCCCCUCUCCUGUUGCUUCUCACACACGUGCUUCAAGCUUUCCGCAACAUUUAUAAUGGUGGAACCUCAAACCACGCUGCUCAUUUCAGAAGGUGAUGUUGAUGCUGACAGUGAAGCCACAGAGUAGAACUGUCAACACAAGACGUUCACCACCUCCGCCCUGGUGGAAAUUCUGCUCUGUAUCUACAUGGAACAAGAACUGUCCACAGAUGUCAUGGCUGCUCUGGGUCGACCUUUCACCUUAGGAGCGUUGUACAAUGGUCUGAGAGAUAAACUGAUCCCAGUGAGAAGUUAGAAGCAAGCAGCGUUCAGGACAUGCAAUGCAGCAUGGAAGCUGUGAUAAAAAAGAUUCCUUCAUUUAAUUUUGAGGGCAAAGCUGACAUCAAGCUGACUAAGGAAGAAAAGGCCCUGACUGAGAAAUUCUCUUGCAAAUUCUACGGGGACAUCAUCUUCGAAAGCAACCCUGCAACGUUUGAAGGUGCAGUCAAGACAUACGUGCUACUUCCAAAGCUACUGGGGGAAAAUGUAGAGAAUGGUGUCCCUCUGAAGGUCUGGAUGAUGCCGUUGAAGAAUUUGGAUCCCACAGCUGCUGAGGUGAAGAAUGGAUUCAGUGUUGGACUUGUGAGAAAGGCUCAGAAUGCUCUGGAAGACCUGCAUCCUCUGGAAAAAGGAUGCAACGAUUUCCUGGAGGAAAAGGUGGUAAAUGAUUUUCCGAAGAUUCGAGAAAAGUGGCACAUUUUCCAGACACUCUGUGUCUAUUUCAGAUCCAUACUCCAAGAGACCAUGGAAAAGAAACUUCCCUUGAUCCGGGCAGGUGAAGAAGAUGAGAGCAAACUGCAGAAAAUCAUUGAAGACAGAGAUAAAUCGCCAUUCAGUCAUGAAAAACUAACCAAGUGGAUGGAUGAUAACGAGAGACAAAUCAACAUCAUCAGGUCCUGUGUGGAGAUGAUGGAGGGAAUAAAGAUCAUCCCAAAUCAGUCAGAGUUGGAUGAAGUGGUUUUUGCUCCAGGUAUUGAGGAUGUUCUGUGCUCUGAAACUACUGACCCCUACCCUCAGGCAAUGGCCGACUACUUGGAUUCCUUUAAAUCACAAGGUGCUAAGGGUGUCACUCCACCAACACAGGAGCAGUGGUACUACUCAGAUCAGACACCUGUGAUCUCACACUGGAUCCAGACACAGCAAACAUUGAACUCACUCUGUGUGAGGACAACAAGAAGGCGACAUGGAGCAAAGCAGUCGUAUCCUGGUCUCCCACAGAGAUUUGAUUACUUUCAUCAGGUUAUGUGCAGAGAGGAGCUCACUGUGCGCUGUUACUGGGAGGUGGAGUGGAGUGUUGGCAAAAGUGAAGAUGUGGCUGUGGGUGUUAGCUACAAAGGAAUGUUUUGGGAAGGAAAAGAUGACCAGUGCAGGCUUUGA